AUGUUCUACAUGAACAUCUACUACUUUUUCGAAGCGACCGACGACGAGACAAAACCUUUCCCUGUUGGGCUUCGGAUGGUCAGUGGAGACAACAGUCUUCGAACACCACCCCCGGGCGGAGCAGAAAAUGUCUUGUAUACGAACCAGGGUACCAUUCAACCGGUCCAGUGGACAUGCCCGCGCAGUUCCUACGAACCUCCUUCAUACCCCACUGAUUCCGACGGACUCCACGGGGUCGGAAUACAGGAUCCAAGCAACCAGGGAGCUGGCGUGGGGUUCCCGCACAUGAACUGCGACGGCUAUGCAUCUCCGCUGCGUGCUGACAUUCACUCCCCAUCUUGUUACAACCCAGAAGCCGGGUUGACCGACUACAAGAACAACAUGGUAUUCCCAAGCAGCAAGGAUUCGCCCAGCGGUAAAGCUAAUUGCCCGAAAGAAUGGAUCCAUGUUCCGCAUAUCUUCUACAAAGUUUACUGGAAUACGCCCCUCUUCGUGGAUAUGUGGGAACAAGGGAAAGGCUCACAGCCUUUUAUCUUGGCUAAUGGUGACUGCACAGGCUCUUCCCUCCACGGCGACUUUUUUUCUGGUUGGGAUGAAAGCAUCCUACAGAAAAUAAUCAAUAACUGUGACGCUGGAGUCUUGGGAAUGGACAAGUGCGCCGAUGCCGGUACAAUCAACGACUCGUCCAAAAGCUGCAACAUCGCAAAUCUCGUACCGGAGGCAAUUUCCGGCGUGCUUGGAAAGCUUCCAGGAAACAACCCACCUACUGGAUGGGGCCAAGGGGAGACUGCCUCCUCCGGAUCCUCCGACUCUCAGACUUGCGGUGGAAGCUUGGCGUUGAGCGUGUAUGAAAAGAGCGAUAAGAAUCCCGCGAGGAGGACCUUUGCGAAAUCAAAAUUUGCAAUUAUAAGGGACUAA